GGUCACUGUCCCUCCGCACAGCUACAGGACUUUUAUUUCAUUGGUACGAAAUAUUUUUCCCGAGUUAAGUUCUAAAGCUGGUCUGUGCGCUGUUCUGUGGUGCUCGGCUGAGGUGAGGGAAAUGGGAAAUGUGGACGCGAUAAUUCAGGUGCUGUGCGGGUGCAGGUGGAUGUUGGGGGUGAGAGCUCUGCUUGGUCUCGGUCUCCUCGUGACGUCACGAGGGGUAUCUGUCCUCGCCCACAGGGGAGCGUAUGCACAUGCGUGUGAAAAUACCUACAGAGUGUCCUCCGCUAGACAGGCCUGCACGAUGGCGAGCACCAUCAAAUAUUUAGGGCAGGAAGAAGCUCAGCGCAUCGACGAAGAGCUUUUUUCAGAGUACAGCUUCAGUGUGGACCAGCUGAUGGAACUCGCUGGACUCAGCUGCGCCACAGCCGUGACGAAGGGUUAUCCCCUGCAGGCGCUGAUUAAGAGCCCACCCAGAGUGCUGGUGAUUUGCGGCCCGGGCAACAACGGAGGCGACGGGCUGGUGUGCGCUCGCCACCUCAAACUGUUCGGAUACGAACCCGCUGUUCUGUACCCAAAGCGGCCAAACAAACAGCUCUUCCAGAACCUGACCACUCAAUGUGAGAAGAUGGAGAUAAACUUCCUGUCAGAGAUGCCUGAGGCAGAUGAGAUUGAUGACGUUUAUAAUGUGGUGGUCGACGCAAUCUUUGGCUUCAGCUUUAAAGGUGCGGUGCGAGAGCCCUUCGGCAGGAUCCUGUCCACACUGAAGAAGGUCACCAUUCCCAUCGCCAGUGUGGACAUCCCCUCAGGUUGGGAUGUGGAACAGGGCAGCCCUGACGGGAUCCAGCCGGAUAUGCUCAUCUCCCUCACCGCGCCGAAGAAAGCAGCAGAGCACUUUAAAGGACGUUAUCAUUACCUGGGAGGGAGGUUCGUUCCUCCGGCACUGGAGAAGAAGUACGGUCUGAGGCUGCCUCAGUAUCCCGGCACCGAGUGUGUCUACCAGCUCAGCUGAGGACGAGGACGAGUUAAUCUGGUGUGUAUGUAGAAUAAAGUUCUGAGCACCUUGAGUUACAAACCACCACUGCUUUGAACUGAGAGAUUAUAAGGUGGUUUAUGGAUGUGAAAUAUUUUUCAAAUGAAAGUUUGUUGAUACUUUAAUCAUUAAAUGCUCUCACUGCUGA